GAUGGCCUCCCCUCCCACAUGUUCCGAUGAGGGCUCAUUCAAGACCCCGAAGAGCGCCCGAGUGAGGAGCUCUGUAAGCAGCGGAGGGACCCCCAUCACCAUCCCGGCUUCACCUUUCAUGAAGAAGCUGGGCUGUGGGACUGGAGUCAACGUUUACCUCAUGAACAGGAUGGGGAAGUUGAAUGCGUCUCCGUGGGCUGUGAAGAAGAUCAAUAAUAAGUGUGCGACCAAACAGCUGGCUGUUUACCAGAAGCGCCUGAAUGAAGAGGCAAAGGUCCUGAAGGGAAUCAAUCACCCCAAUAUUGUUGGUUUUCGGGCCUUCGCCACGGCCAAAGACGGUUCAAAGUGUCUGGCCAUGGAGUACGGAGGAGAGCAGUCCCUCAAUGACCUGAUAGAGAAGAGGCGAGAGGAAGGACUCAAAGCUUUCCCUGCUGCCAACAUAGAAAAAGUAGCGCUGCACGUUGCUCGAGGCCUUCAGUAUCUCCACAGUGAGAAGAAGCUGCUGCACGGCGACAUGAAGUCCUGCAAUGUCGUCAUCAAGGGCGACUUUGAGGGCGUCAAGAUCUGCGAUGUGGGCGUGUCUCUGCAGCUGGACGAGAACAUGAGAGUGUCCGAUCCAAAGGCGGAGUACAUCGGCACAGAGCCGUGGAAACCAAAGGAAGCUCUGGACGAGGAGGGAGAGAUCACUGACAAGGCGGAUAUCUUCGCUUUCGGUCUGACUCUGUGGGAGAUGAUGACGCUGGCCAUGCCUCACCUGGAGAUGCUCGAGGACGAAGAGGAGGAGGAGGAGGAUGAAGACUCCAUCGAGGACAGUUUCGAUGAGGACGAGUACUACGAGAGGUUGGGGACGAGGCCGGCGCUGGAUGUGGAGGCUCUGGGUCGCCCGUACCGGAGGAUGGUGGAGCUUUUUUAUCUCUGCACCGAGGAAGACCCGAAGAAGAGACCCUCUGCCGCGCAGGUGGUCCAGGCUCUAGAGAGCAACGCCCCGCUGAAUAAAACACCGAGUGAGGUGAUCGUUAUCGACUGAUCCACACGUCUCUCUGCUCAUCUCAGAGCUGUCAGAGAGAAACUUUAUAGUUUAGGACCCAGACUGCUUUCUGAUAACGGUUCAAAAGACAUUUCUUUAGAGUGAAUAGACACAACCUGAAACCUGUUUUUUCUCUAUUUACAAUCUUUCCAGGGAGGGAUAUUAAAGUAGCAGCUUCAGGAAAUAUAAAUGUUAAAAUCCAGCCUCAAUGUAGAGAAAGGUUAUUACCAGUUAACUGAAUAAGUAACAAACCCCAAUUAUGACGGGUCACAUUGUUUAUCUCCAUCCUUUGCAAUGAUUUGUAUGUUUAUGUUUGUUUAUGUUUUUACUGUCUUUACCUCUGAAUUCUUUUUGAAGUCUCAUGUCUCU